AAAAGAAAAGAAAAGAAGAAAAGAGAAGAGAAGAGAGAGAGAGUGAGUGAGAGAAGAGAUUGUAAGGAAGGGAUAGAGACAUAGAUGUUGACAGAUUUAAAAGUAGAAAAUUCGAUAGAUAAAUCGUUAGACAUAAAGAAAAGAAUAGACAGGCAAGCAUGCAGACUUGAAAAAAGCAAUAACAGACGUCAUGAGUUAACGAAUAUCAGAAUUUCCCAACGGGAUUAACGACAAAGAAAUUGCACCGCAUCAAAACACGCUCGCAGCAUGAGCCAAGAAGAAGAUAAUAACUAGGAAAUAUAUGCAAAUUAGGCACAGUUCAACCCUCGGGCAAGAAAGCAAUCUCUCAUACUUUUAGUGGCGAGUUCGUGACGCCGUGACGGAGAGCGUAACACGAUGAGAAGUCGGUGAGAGAGAGGCGUGACGCGGUUAUUCUGACGCCGGGAACUUGUAACGAAAGUAACAUUGAUGGGCUCUGACGGGGUAAGGGGGGUUGUGACAUGCGUGACAGUUGUGGCAGGGUUAGAUGUGAACUAUUAGGAAUGCGUUUGUUAAGAGGGACAGAGUGUUGGGUGUGUAAUAGAUAUGGCAGAUAUUUAACUGUAAUGGAUGCGAGGGCUUGUCUUUGUAACAGACUUUAACAGACAUUGAUGGAAAGAAAGAGAAAAGAAAACAAGAGACAGAAUAAAGGGUAAGGAGAACACAAACAAAAAAGAAAAAAAACUCAAAAUGCACUCACACACAAGAUAGAAUCAAUGGCAGAACUCCCACCAGGAUCAGCUGCAGUGAGGUGCGACCUCCCCCACAACCUCCAUAAUGGACCCGCCCGACUUCCAGCCAGAGAUUAAGUUUCGUUGGUGCCGCACAGUGCGCUGCCGGGCGCAAGAGGUGAUCCUCGUAUUGACCUCUGUGACGGGAACACAGGUCACCCUCACGUGGAAGGCUGACCUCGGAUGGUACGAGUCCAAGCCCAUCCCCGUGCCCUGCGGUUUCCACUCGGGGUUCAUCCUCAUUAAGGAUAAGGUUCUGGACGUGGUGAGCGGCCGCUUGGAGCCCCGAGAGCGGGAUUAUAAGGUGGAUCCCUUCCACAUUGUCCCUCAUAAGUUCGCUGUCGAGUUGUUCCUCGAAUCUGACGAGACCUCGCCCUUCUGGAGCGACGCACCGGAGCUCCGCCUACGUUACCUCAGCUCAGAUCACUUGGAGAGGCUUGGGACUAGCAAAGAGGGCGUCUUUUACGAGGAAGAAGGAGGGAGCGUAGGAAGGGGGAGAGGAGAGGGCUUCCACACCCGCAAAUGGGUCUCUUCGACGGCCCUGGACAGCCCCAGGGGACGAAGGAGAGGCAAACCCCGGACGCCCUUCGCUGAUUCCUCCACCAGAGGCUUUCCAUCGUGUGGCGACGGCGACGGCGACGACGACGAACUCCCCCUCCGGCGUUCAGGAACCCUAGCGCGAGGAAGGUCCCAAGGCCAAUUGUGCCCGACCUCAGCCUCCUACGGAAGCCUCCGAGAACAGGGCCUCCUCGGCGCUUCGACCUCGUCGCCCAAUCUGUCCAAGGCUUUCCAGGUGGCCGUCGACCUCUCUAGGGCGAGUUCGAAGUUCCUGGCAGGGCUGUCCUCCACCAGCAGUGGCGUGUACCUCGGAUAUGAGGAUGGUAGCGACCCGCCCUCUCCGGACAACAAAGAUUCUGCGCACGCCGACAGUCCCUACGCCGCUGGAGGAGAGACCUCGCAGGAGUCAGAGGCAGGAGAACGCGUCGGGGGCGGAGGAGAAAGCGGUGGGGAAGGCGCACGGAGGAAGAGGUACCUGUAUGGGUCCUCGGAGCGGGGCCGGUCGCUCCACCUAGAGGACCUGCAGGACACGUGGGCCGCCAAGAGGCAGCGAGAGAGCCUCGGGAACACCACCUCCAGCACCUCCUUUGAGGACCUCCUGACCUCUGUGUCCGUCUCUAGAAAGGAGGCAGCCAAGACUGAGCUCAAUAUCCUGAGGUUCGAUACUAUCAAACAAGAACGCCUUGUGCAGGAGAUUCUCGAGCCUUCGGAUUCCGACUUCGAGGACGAGGAGGCGGCGUGCGAGACGAGUAGCAGCGAGCAACGAGGCCGAUACGGCUGCGUGAUCACCUUCGAGAGCCGCAGCACCAGUAUGGACGACGUGGGCUCCCCGAGGGCCCUCGAGGACGCACUCGUCUCCCUCACCUCGAGCGAGAGCCACCACGAGUUCACGCUCGAGAGCCCGCCUCAGCCACAGCCACGGCGACCCCGACCUGCGCAGACGAGCUCCGUCGAAGAGGCAUCGCGAUCUCCCGACGAAGGAGAGGUCGAGGAGGUCUUCACGGAGGAAGGAUCCUCCUCCUUCGCUACGCCCCAGCCCAAACCUCGGACCCGAACUCCGACCGCCUCGGAGGGGCCGGUGACGCCGCCCAAAGCAGAAAAGCUGCCCUCUUUAGGAGUCUUUGUGACGGAGGAGAUAGAAGAAAAAAGAGAACGAGAAGUGGAGAAAGAAGCCGGAAGAGAGAGAGAAUUGCCUGGGAUAGACGAAGGAGCGCACAUUCCAAAAGGGAGGCAAAAGCCUAAGGAAUUAAGGAGCGAGUCUCAGCAUCGAAGACCGCGAUCUCCCGAUGUAGAGGACGACGAUGAGGACUUCCAAUACGACUCUCUGAAACACGAGGACGAGCAUCUCCCGAUCGACAUCAGAAACAUCGACAGCGAAGAUUCUCUGGUGUCAUCCAGGCCGGGAGGACACCUCGGGGAAGAAGGAGACGAUGCCGAGGAUGCUGCGAGUGGGCGGAGCGGCUCCUACGACGUGGCAGGCGCCCUUGCCACGUACUCCUCCGUCGAGGGCGAGGUCCCUGCGGACUCCUUGACCAUCUUGCAGCCGGGGAGCCAGAAGGCCACGGUGAGGGAGGCCGAGGAGUUCGUAAGGAGCAGGGAUAAGGGAAGGACCGGCUCGGGCGGUGACGUGGAGAUGGGAGAUCAUGGUGGUGGUGAUCAGGGACCUAGUGAUAGUGAUUAUGGUGAUCGAAGACGUGAUAAUGAUCAUAGAAUUAAAAGACAUGGCGAUGCCGAUGAAAGGGUCUAUAGGCGCGGUGACAGUGAUGUGCGUAGACGUGAUAAAGAUGGUGAUAGUGAUGAAGGCUGUGGUGAUGGUGGUAGCAUUUCGGGUCAAGGUGGUAGGCGCGAGAAAGGGAGCAGGGAACACAGGCCUUCCUCUCUCAAGAAAACGAGAGAGGAACAGGCUGACGUGAAGAGAGCCAGAGUGAGCGAAGGCCGCGAGGACAAGGCCAGUGCUCAAGACGAUGGCCCUGGAGUAUCAAGUAGCCAGGUGUCCCCUCCAAGAGGGCCUCCCGAGCCCGAGAAGGCCCGCAGACGCUUGUCGUUCUCCCGAGGAGACGGGGGCGCUGUUCCCUCCGGUGACGACGGCGCCAGGGAAGGGGACGACUCGGAGAACCGUCGCCCCCGCAUCGUUCGCAUGCACCACGCCGGGACGCAGACCACGCGGAAGGUCACACAGGCGACGUCGACGGAGGACCACAAGCGGCACGCCCUUCCCCGCUCCACGCCGAAGUACAGCCGGUCGCCUCUCCGGAACAGAACGGCUAACGGGCAGGUGGAAGCGCCUUACACGCCCCUGCCAGACAGGUUCAGUGGACCUUGGUCUCAAAGGCUUCCUGGAACGGCGGCUGUGGGGGCGGCGGGGAUGGCAGGGGCGGCACAUACUCUACCUCCUUCGCACGCCACGCCCGCCCUUGCGCCCACCCUCACCCCUCCUCCCGCCCUACGUCACCCACGGGAAGCACGACCUGGCCACACUGCAAAGGAACCUUUACAACCUCGUGGACAGAGACAGUCGACGGCUCAAUUCCAGCUACCUGGCCGAACUCCAGGCACGCAAACGCCACUUCCAGGACGCCUACCAAAGCCCGGACUACAACCACCACUACGCCCACUACGCCCCCCCGCCUCACCACACCUCGACCCCGCAGCCCCAAGCCCACUACCCCCCCAAGAGAUCCCAGCCCCCUACCUCUUACCUGUAUUCCUCGUCGCCCUCCUCCUCCUCUACCUCCUAUCCCCACCAGUACCCGAUGCUCUCGUCGGUGUCCAUCAAGCCUUCUUCCUCGAGCUACUCGCCCUCGAAGCCUCCAAACCACGCCAGGACCCUCGACCAAUCAGAAGCGAGGACGAGAUCCAGCAGGGUGGCUUACGGCGGCAGCGUCAGCGACCUGUCCAGGCUGCGACAGACCAGCAAGCACUUCUACGAGACGUACACCGCGCACGCAGGAGUGAGAGGCUCUUCGAGUUUGCCCGAUUUACGCCCGCCUUCCGCCCGCGCCCGCCUCUACGCCCACGACCAGCAGCCGCCCAACGCCCCUGCAUCCACCCACGCCCACUUCGACUCCUACGGACCGAGGCACGCCCACUCCGAGCUCGAUCUGAUGGUGGGAGGGGCGCGCGGGCGAUGGUACGAGAGCGACAGCGGAGGCUCGACGGAUUCGCUCAUCGACGAGGCCUGCCAUGUCACGUCGACGCCACUCGACCUCUCGGGGAUGUCCUCGCCCGCAGAACUGGACUCCUUCCGGCCGCGCAGGAGACGACGCUCCAGUAGGAGGCGCAGAAGCCGCUCGCACCAGGGGGCCUUCAGCGCCUGGAGGGAGAGGGACGAAGACGCUCACGACGGGGGAGCCGGCCGCCCGUACCUGCCAUACCGCUUCGACCAGAUCUCUCCGGGUCAGCAGGUCAAGGUCCUUGCGCCUGGAGGGGGCGUGGCCGUCGCCCGAGUGUUGACCAAUCAGAAGCCGCCGUUCUCCAGCCUGAGCAGG